AUGCUUCGGCCGAAGGCUGGCAAGUGCCUGCUCUGUUCGUUUAGAGCAGCUCAAAAACCCGUGAGCCAAAAAUGGCCCAGCAGAGCUUUGUCCAUGAGAACCAGAUUACCCAGUCGACCAAAUCGCAUGAGUCUGGCGGGCGCGGGAAAAGUGAGCUCUUCACCGACGAAAGAGGGACCUGCAAGACGAAAACAAGAUGGCCCAUUUGGAGGAAUGAAUCUGCGAGAGGCGAAAAUACGUGGAGUACCGGAACGACCAUCGGCAGCACAGGAACGACGAACAUCAAGGCUUGAUCACAGGGACCGGGAUGAUAAAAAGGACAGAGGGUUUCACGCAUUAAAGAUGCAGAGCCCUCUUGCGCCAGUUUCAUACGUAAGGAGGACAGAUAUAAAAGGGAGGAUGAAUGAAGUGCAAAGUUUUGAGCAAUUUGCGCUGUUGGACAGUGUGAAGCAGGCAAUUUUCCAACAGGCUCUUCCGGAACUCAAAGAACAUGUUCCAACACCCGUACAGAGAAUUGCAGUGCCGGCGUUACUUGGAGAUCAGCAAAGUAGGAGACCGAAGAGCGAGAUGGAGCAAUAUUUGAUAGCUGCGGAAACUGGAUCAGGGAAAACGUUGUCAUAUUUAAUACCCACGAUCAAUGCCAUCAAAGUUGCCGAGGCGAAGGAUGCUGAGGUCAAGGCUUACGAGAAAGAGUUACAAGAGGAGAAACUACGACAGAAUAACCUAACAUUGGUAUCGCCUCCUUUAUCGAAUAUGCCACAUCCUACCACAGGCAGACCAAGAGCUAUCAUACUUGUGCCGACCUCUGAACUGGUAACCCAAGUUGGAACACUUUUGAAGUUAUUUUCCCAUACGGUGAAAUUCAAAGCGGCCGUGAUAUCUUCUAAUUUCUCUGGAAAAGUCAUUCGUAACCGUCUAUUUUCUCCAUCCGGAAUCGAUAUACUUGUAUCUACACCUCAUCUUCUCUCCUCGAUUGCAGACUCCGAUCCAAACAUCUUGUCUCGUGUCACCCAUCUCAUAAUUGAUGAAGCGGAUUCACUCCUAGAUCGAGGGUUCUCACCACUUACAUCAGCCAUCAUCGACCGCGCUACUCCGUCUCUUGAAAAACUCGUUCUCUGCUCUGCAACUAUUCCCCGCUCUCUUGACUCAUUCCUCCGCAAACGAUUCCCUGAUAUAAACCGUCUCGUCACACCGAACCUACAUGCUAUUCCUCGACGUGUCCAACUUGGCGUCGUUGAUGUUGAACGUGACCCAUAUCGUAACAACAAGAAUCUCGCCUGCGCGGAUACUAUAUGGUCCAUUGGUAAAGCAGCUGCUGAACACGAUGGACCUGUCAAGGGAUUAAUGGAUGUAAAACGUAUUCUAGUAUUCGUUAACGAGCGCGAGAAAACCCAGGAAGUAGCUGACUACCUCGUAUCCAAGGGUGUGGAUGCAAUUGCUUUGUCCCGUGAUACUCCCGAGCAACGACAGAGUGAGAUGCUAGCAUCUUUCACCUCGCCCGCCAAGCUGAGCGUGGAGAAACCAGUGUCUCACCCUGGAUCUCUAUCAGACAACCAACCGAACUACGUGCCGUUUGGAGAGGUUGCUCCUCCAGUAAAGAGGCGAUUACCUAAUACGAAAGUUCUAGUUACCACUGAUUUAGGCUCUAGAGGUAUUGAUACGGUGGCUGUGAGACACGUUAUUCUAUAUGAUGUGCCGCAUUCUACAAUCGAUUUCAUCCAUAGAUUGGGUAGAACUGGACGUAUGGGAAGAAGAGGAAGAGGUAUAGUUUUGGUUGGCAAGGGAGAUAGAAGGGAUGUAGUCAAGGAAGUUAGAGAGGGAAUGUUCGAAGGCAAGGCGUUGAUCUAG